AGUUGCUGGACAUGACUGGUGGCGCUUCGAAAGGACCGAAUGUGGUUUCCUUCAAAGAAGAGCUGUUAAACACGAAAAAGAAAGCGAUGUGAAAAUACAAAAGAGUUGACAGCGAUUUCGUAGUGUAGAGCAGGUGACAAAUAUGAUGGAUACAAACACGAUGGUGAAUAUGAGCAUGGCCUCCAGUCUAGCAUCCAGUCUCUCUAACUCAAGCAGUAUGUCGGGAUUCCCAAACAGCAGUCUUGCUAACUCAAGCAGUAUGUCGGGAUUCCCAAACAGCAGUCUUGCUAACUCGAGCAGUAUGGCGGGAUUCCCAAACAGCAGUAUCGCUAAUGCAAGCAGUAUGUCGGGAUUCCCAAGCAGCAUUCUCGCAAACUCCAGCAGUAUGACAGGAUUCUCAAACAACACAAGCAUGGCGUCAGAUUUCACAAAUAUGGGAAAUCCGGGCUCAACUAACAGUUCUGCAUUUGGACAAAAAUACACCGUUGAUCAAAUGUCUUGGAACACGCAGUUCGGUCUAAGUGGUCGUAAGGGGAUGGGAGAGCUGUCCCCAGGGUCCCGGAGCAAGUUGUCAGGCCUUCCAAGCACAAGUCAGACCCUCCCCACCCAGGGACAACAAGCCUUUAACAUACAGAUGCCAAAACACAAUCGCAAAUCAGGCGGGUUUUUUGGUGAGGAUGAUGAUCCGGAGACGAGUAUGUACAUGCCUUCAACCAUCUUCAGACCAGAUAAUAAAGACGGUUUGACUCAGUCCCAGUCCCCCUCCAACCCGGCAGUUGGCUUCGGCAAUAACUUCUACUCACAAGGUGGGUUGAACUCAUUUCCAAUGCCCCAGCGACAAGGCCCGAUAUCUGGGUCCGGUACCCAAUUUCAGCGCAAUCUCACUCCCACUAGUCUUGGUAACCAAUCUUUUACGCCGGGCUCCGGUAUUCUCCAAAAUUCACCCAACAGAGGAGUGAUAACAGCGAUAGGCCAACAUCGAAUGAUCAACAGUGCGUCCAGCCAACAGGCACCAAUAUCAGCCCUUCAGAAACGACCCAUUGGCUCAGGAUUACAAAGUUCAUCAGGCCCUAUAUCAAACCUUGCAUCGUCAUUUGGUUUCCCGUCCCGGUCAGAAAGUUCACAGAUGAACUUUGACCCCGCAGAAUUCCCUUCAUUAGGCAACCAACUGCCGCCACAGAGCUCAAUGUCUGGGGGUAACCCCAGAAACUACGUAGGCAUGGUGAAGACUGACCGGCAAGACCAGACUCCCGAGUUUCAAAUUGUGCAGGAGGACUUCCCCGCCCUUCCCGGAGCUCAGAGUACAUUAUCUAUGUUUGUGUCUGAUCCACAAACGGCAGGGAGCACAGACCCCUCUAAAAAGCAGCACCAGAACUUGAUAUCAGGGUCAUCAUAUGAGCAAGCAUUGAACAACAAAGAUAAGUUUCCCAAUGAUAAACAGGGAAGCGGCCCGCCCAAGGGUGUACACAUACAUGCUGAUGGUCGUGUAACAAACAUCCCCCAGGGUAUGGUAGCUGACCAGUUUGGCAUGGUGGGUUUGCUAACGUUCAUUCGAUCAGCAGAAAUGGACAACAGUUUAGUAGCGCUGGCGCCCGGCAUGGACCUGACCACCCUCGGUCUCAAUUUAAACUCACCUGAGAACCUGUACAGUACCUUCCAGUCCCCCUGGGUAGAUCUCCCGUGCCGACCCCAAGACAUUGACUUUCACGUGCCCUGGGAAUACAUGACCAAUAUCUACAUCAGGGAUAAGUUAUCACCCAUCAAACUAAACCGGUACGGAGAGGACCUGCUGUUUUUCCUCUUCUACAUGAACGGCGGGGACGUAUUACAGCUAGCGGCAGCAGCAGAAUUGUACAAUCGAGAUUGGCGAUACCACAAGGAUGAGAGAGUAUGGCUUACGCGGCCACCUGGUGUGGAACCAAUUGUGAAUGGAGGCACUUACGAACGAGGAACAUAUUAUUUUUUCGACGUACAGAACUGGCGAAAAGUGCCCAAAGAAUUUCACUUAGAAUACGAGAAACUGGAAACUCGGCCAACUCUCCCUUCAAGAUUGUACUAUAAUCCAAAUCAGCCAGUGGAUACCCAUUAGCAACAGCUGUCAGCCAAUCAUUUUAAAGUGUUCAAUCCGGGUCGCCCAGGUGACUGAUCCAAAGUUACACAUCUGUUUGCUGUAAAAGCUUGUCUGUUCUAAAUUAGCUGAGUCCAACACCUUGUAUGUUGGUAAAAAAAUCUGAUGCAUUUGUGAUUUUUAACAUUUUGUAGUUUUUAACGUUUUGUUGAGUUUUGUAUUGCUGUCUUAUUUUUUUAAGGGUUACAAAUAUUUAAUAUGUAUGUAGGAACAGGAUAAAAAAGUAUGAAAAUUCAAGUUUUUACUUUUAACAGUACAAUGAAGUGCUAAGGCCUAAAAAAGGGGUUUGUUUCUGGUUAAAUACCGUACCCAAAAAGAUACUGGAUUGUAGGAAGAUUUUUUUACAAUAUGGAUCAAAAAAUAAAUAAAUGAGUCAGCAAAUAAAUAGGGUCCGUCAGAAACAAACCUAUUUUAAUUUUAGGCCUAAUAAAUUAUGAGUUCAAAAUCUGUGAUAAGUGAAGCUCAACUUGUUUUUUGUUUCACAUGUUUCAGAACAAAUCUACACUGGAAUUGUUUUAAUUUUUCUCCAAAAAAAUGUAAUUUUUAAAAAAUUAUAUUUUACAUUUAAAACAAAGUAUAAUGUGUGUUGCUGUUAUAUUGAAUUUAUCUUAACACAUUCCCUUUUCAAGAAGUGUUAAAACAUAAGUUAAAUUGUGUUUAUUUAGUGUCAGAUAUUUUGUUUAAAUGUAAAAAUCAGAGUUUGCCAUAUUUACAUGGGUUUAGAACUUGCAAAUUAAGUCAGCUUAAACAGAUGUGUCUCAUUAUGCUCUGGGCAUCUGAGAUUUGUUGUUAAGAUUUGAUCUAUCAUCAUUCAUGUACAUAAAAUAAAUCAUUGUCUAUGUCA